CAACAAUGGUGGAUAAUUGAAGAAGUGGGAAUAUUAGGAUGAGCGAAUGACAUUUCCCGACACAGUUACCAGACCGAUAUCACAAGUGAAUCAACAGGGGGAGGAUGAAGCGGCGCAAUGCGGACUGCAGCAAACUCCGACGGCCGUUAAAACGGAACCGAAUCACCGAGGGUAUAUAUAGCAGUACAUUCCUGUACCUGAAGUUCUUGGUAGUGUGGGUGUUGGUUCUCCUGGCUGACUUUGUGCUAGAGUUCAGGUUUGAGUACCUGUGGCCCUUCUGGCUUUUCAUUCGAAGUGUCUACGACUCCUUCAGAUAUCAAGGACUGGCGUUCUCAGUCUUCUUCGUCUGCGUGGCGUUUACAUCAGACAUCAUCUGCCUCCUCUUCAUCCCCGUCCAAUGGUUGUUUUUCGCUGCCAGCACCUACGUAUGGGUCCAGUAUGUCUGGCACACAGAGAGAGGCGUCUGUCUACCUACUGUAUCGCUGUGGAUCUUGUUUGUGUACAUUGAAGCCGCCAUCCGCUUCAAAGAUCUGAAGAACUUUCAUGUAGACCUGUGCCGACCUUUUGCUGCUCACUGUAUCGGCUAUCCAGUGGUGACUCUGGGCUUCGGCUUUAAAAGCUACGUGAGCUACAAGAUGCGACUGAGGAAACAGAAGGAAGUGCAAAAAGAGAACGAAUUCUACAUGCAGCUUCUACAACAGGCUCUACCACCAGAGCAACAGAUGCUACAGAGACAGGAGAGGGAGGCAGAGGAUGCCGCUUUAGCUAAAGGGAUCUCAGAGGUCGAACCUUCAGUAAUAUCCCAAAACGGAGCACCUCCUGGUAAGAAAAGCGCUUCAGUCCCGUUACCAGAACUGGAGUACCGGGAAAAAGGGAAGGACAGUACUGCGAAAGAGCGCGAGGGCAAAAAACAAAACACAAUCGGAAUCAAUAACAACAGUAUUAUACACGCACUGGACUCCAAACUACAGGAGACAGAGUAUAUUGAGAACUACGUCGGGACAAAGAGACUGAAUAACGACCUGGCAGGAGAGAACACACACGCCGACGCCAUCACACACUCCGCUUCUAAAGAGGAAAUGGGGGGAACGGGGAAGAACUACAAAAAUGCAAGCGGCGGUGGCAACAUUUCCAACUCGUCUCCGCGCAACCACAGCUCCACAAACGGGAGCGUCCCGCAGGGUUCCUCGAGCGGUAAGAACGAGAAGAAGCAGAAAGGGGCAGGGAAGGGUCAGAAGGAUCCAGUGGAGAACUGCAUCCCUAAUAACCAGCUGGGCAAGCCAGACGCUUUAGUACGGCUGGAGCAGGAUGUGAAGCGUCUGAAGGCAGAUCUUCAGGCCAACAGACAGUUGGAGUCGGAGCUGCGGAGUCAGCUUUCCUCUCUGAGCAGCCAGGACCGCAGCCUGCGCUCUGAACUGGGCCAGCUCCGCCAGGACAACGAGCUGCUACAGAACAAGCUCCACAGUGCCGUCCAGGCCAAGCAGAAGGAUAAGCAGACCAUCUCCCAGCUGGAGAAGAGGCUAAAGGCUGAGCAGGAGGCUCGGGCACUGGCUGAGAAACAGCUGGCUGAGGAGAGGAAGAGGAAGAAGAUGGAGGAGGCCACUGCUGCCAGAGCUGUAGCUUUAGCCGCUGCCACGAGAGUGGAGUCCACUGAUUCCCUGCGUGGUCGCAUCAGAGAGCUGGAGACAGAGUGCAAGAAACUCAGCAUGGACAUGAAACUUAAGGAGGAGCAGAUUAGGGAUCUAGAGGGCAGGUGUCAGGAGCUGCGGAAAUAUAAAGAAAACGAGAAGGACACAGAGGUAUUGAUGUCAGCGCUGUCAGCCAUGCAGGAGAAGACCCAGCACCUGGAGAACAGCCUGAGUGCAGAGACCAGGAUCAAACUGGACCUCUUCUCUGCACUGGGGGACGCCAAGAGGCAACUGGAGAUAGCACAAGGCCAGAUCCACCAGAGGGAGCAGGAGAUCGCCGAGCUGAAGCAGAAGAUAGCAGAGGUGAUGGCGGUGAUGCCCAGCCUGUCCUACUCGUCAGACGGCAGCAACCUCAGCCCCGUCACCCCACACUACUCCUCCAAGUUCAUGGACAAUAGUCCCUCCUCCCUGGACCCCAACGCCUCAGUCUACCAGCCCCUCAAAAAGUGACUCUGACAAACCACACUUUUUGUCAGACAGAACUCUUUUUUUUUAUUAUUUUUUUUUUUUUUCAGUUUUAAUUUUUCGGUGAAGCUCUCGGUUCCGGUUUGGGUUAUUUUGAGUUUACCAGCCCCCCCCUCCCCCUGACAGUUUUUUGCACUCUGAUAAAACACAUACAGACACAAAAACAUGAACGCAGACACACACACACACACAAAUGGUGCACACUACCCCUCCAUACAUAUUGUGUAUUUGGGUCCUUUUUUUUUUGUUUGGUUCUAUUAUGAGAACUAUUAUUUUGAGGGGUGUGUGUACACAAUAGGAUUCUUUUUUUUUUGUUGUUGUUGAAUUUUUGGGAUUUAGCCAUUAGACAGCGUGAUCUGAUUGAAGGGGGAGAAAGGAACACACAAUGUGUUGGCCAACUGUCUACUAAAGAGCUAUCAUGCAUCGCUUCAUGUCAAGUCUUCUUUUGAUGUACAGUAUAUGAGCCCACCCCCCACCCUCCCAACAGCCAUAUUGUCUUCUCUAGUGAAUUGACAUCCAGAUUUCUUUUAAAUUUAUGUAAGAAUUGGCUUUUCAUGGUGUUGAACAUUAAGGCGGAAGAUUUCAGUUAAGAUUAGAAUUCGAAGCUCACCUGUAAAGUAAAGUAAAGUAAAGUAAAGUAAAGUAAAGUGAAGCCCUGUGAAAGAUACAUGAAUGUAAACCUGUUCAUGUUUUGAUAUCACCUUUAACUUAAGAAAAACAGUGAUUGUUUGUAAUGUUUCAGUUCAGUUAUGACAAAUGUACAUUUUCUUUUGAAAAAAUAAGUGAUAUUGAACAGAUAAAUGUUUGCUGUUUUCCUCAGAUAGUCCAACAACAGAUGAUUCUCUAAAUGCUGGAAUUAUGGAUUCUCCAGGAUUAUUAUUUAAAAAAAAUAAAGAAAAAAAAAUAGCUUCAGCUAGAUUCGACCUGGCACUGCCAAAAAAAAACCAACAGCAUUCUAUUAAUGUUCACCUGUUUGCUGCAGACACCUUUCCUCUCCCUCUGGACCAAAUUAGAACCCGUUAGGCCAUAUCGUUCACCGGAUUUAAUGAUGUCUAGGUAACUGGUCGGUUACCGUUAUUUGCAGAUUUUUACAGUGCCUUGCAAUUUCUCUUUUUAAGAUGCAGAAACCACAUACUUAGGAAUCCUGGGAUCUAAAAGCAUCACACUUCAAAGCAGUCUCCUCUCUCUCUGGCUUCCAGCUCCAAUUGGCCAGGGUUUCAUUCGUACCAGCUAACGGUCAUCUCAAUUCAGUAUUCCAAGUUCUAUAAUGAUUACACCUCGUGUGUCAGACAUGUUACUAAUCGGUCACAAUAUUACAGCUUUAGGUUCGUCUCAAAGGGAAAACAUAACACUGGACAUGGUUCAUGUCAUUUCAUAGCAACACAGUCUUGGUAUGCCAAACGUUAACCAAACUGAUUGUCUGUUAUCAUGCCCUAGAGUUGGCAUUUAGUUGUUUACAACAAUGUACAUUAACUUACUGAGGAAUGUUUUCUUUGUUUAUUUCAUUUCAGUUCUUAAGUGCCAAGUGUUGAUGUUCAGUUUCCAUCCAUACUUUGAUCGAUGUAGCUAGCAUAAUGUUUGCAGAAGAGUGCUGUUAGUAUUAUUAUUAUUAUUAUUAUUAUUAUUAUUAUUAUUUUUAUGUCAUUAGAACAUAUUCGGAUGGUGUUGUGUUUACAAGGUUCUGGGCUGAUCAUGGUGAAGCAGCAGGAGGUCAGUUGGACUGAUUGUGUUACUCAUUUAUUUAUUUGUUACAGACUUUGAUCGAGUGGCACCUCCUUGAUAUAUUUCCCUUCAUAUUUCAGUUGAUUUCCUCCUAUUUUUCUACCAGGAAGGAUUCUGUGAAUGUGUUGUGUUGGAGAAAAAAAAAGGUUUGACCCCCUUUGAACCAUUUGACCAUGUUGUGAUGUCAUGUUGCCUACCUGGAAAAGUAUUUUCUGUGGAUCGCUCUGGCGUUGUGAAUUCAGUUCUCAAGUUGCUUUUACGAGUUUGUGUAGAAGGAAAGAGAAGGUUUCCAAAAAAAAAGAGAAAAAGAAGUGCUUUGUUUUAUCUUUUUCAUUGUUUCACCAUGUCUAAUUUCUUUACUCAAAGUGAUGGUGGCUGUGUCACACUUCUCACUUUGACCAUCACUAUUAAAGAAAGUCUUGCUGGUGGCAAUGCAAGCUGUUCAGUCUG